AUGGCGUCCAAACGCAUCUGGACCGCCGUGUCGCUCGAGUCGCUGGCUCCCCGCUGCCGCGCUCCCACCCAGCGCUCUUUCGCCCUGUCCAACUCCCGCAACUCGUCGUCGUCGACCUCGGCCAUCGCAUAUAAGGCCCUGCAUCGCCGCACCUCUCCCCUGCCCCAGGUUCCUACCGCCGCCUCCGUCUCGCCCGCCGCUGCCGUCUCCAGCAUCCUCUACGAGACUCCUCUACCCUCUCAAGCUCCCCCCAAGCGUCAUGUUCUCAACUGCCUUGUCCAGAACGAGCCUGGUGUGCUCUCACGCGUCUCCGGUAUUCUCGCUGCCCGUGGCUUCAACAUCGACUCCCUGGUCGUCUGCAACACUGAAGUUGCCGAUCUUUCUCGCAUGACCAUCGUUCUCCAAGGCCAGGACGGCGUCAUCGAACAGGCCCGCCGUCAACUUGAGGACUUGGUCCCUGUCUGGGCCGUCCUUGACUACACCUCUGCUCCCCUUGUCCAGCGCGAACUGCUCCUGGCCAAGGUUAGCAUCCUGGGUCCCGAGUACUUUGAGGAGCUCCUCGCCCAUCAUAGAGAGAUGACCGAUGCCGAGGCUCAGGCUCAGGUCGCUGGUCUUACUCCUGAGGAGCUUGAGGCCAACGCUCGCGCUCACCAGGAAGCUCUGAGACGCGACUUCCACCCCAGUCGCCUUGCUGCUAGCGAGGCUCUGAGACACAAGCACAAGCAUCUUGAGACCAUCACCUAUCUCACCCACCAAUUCGGCGGCAAGGUCCUCGACAUCUCAACUAACAACUGCAUUGUCGAAGUCUCGGCCAAGCCCCACAGAAUUGACUCAUUCAUGAAGCUCAUUGCGCCUUUCGGUAUUCUCGAAAGUGCCCGAACAGGUCUCAUGGCGCUGCCCAGAUCGCCUCUCCACGGCCCCAGCGAAGAGAUGGAGAAGGAAGCCGAAGAUGUUGUUGACGCCAGCACCCUUCCUCCCGGUUAA